AGCAGUCUGCAGUUUACUCCCUGGGGUUUAAGCACAUCUUUAGAAGAGCAGGUGGCAGAGCUGAAGGUGGACUGUGAAGUCAAAUCAUCAGAUUCCACUGAUCUGGAUGCCAGCCAGCUCAUUUCAGGGAAAGCCCGUGUAGCCAAGGAAAAUGGAUCUUCUGAAAUGAAUUGCUACCCCGUGACCUCAUGUUCCCUCUCAGCCCCCGAGGGGAGUGGUGAGAAAGAGACAAAAAAAACAUACAUGUCCACCCUGACAAGACAUGCCAUCGUUACCGGUGCUUUAGGGAAAUUGAAAGAAGUUGACCCCAGUCUGUAUGAUUAUCAACAAACCCAAAAGGUUGAGACUUACAUAUUUGGAGUGAUUCAACGACGAACUCUACCCACACGGCCCUCAAAGCCUCGUACGAGCCUGGCACAUGAUGCCCGAGUUGUUAAUGUGGUAAGGCAGAGUAGUUUAUGCCAAAAGGAUGAACAACAUUUACCAAAACAGGAGUUGGCUCAAGAGAUCAUUGCACCCUCCCAGUGGUCAGAAGGAAUUGCUUCAGAGGCUGGCCUUAACCUAGAUCAGGAGCAAUACCUUAGGAUAGGGCCUACUGAAGAUCCCCCACUCCCAUAUCAUCUUCAGCAAAAGGGGCUUUAUACCAAACCCAGGCAAGCCUCCAUGACGCUGCUUGACUAUCCACAUGGUAAAGAUGUCCAACCAGACUCCAGCACUACUGAGCCUGACUUAUCCCAACGUCUCCCCAAGUACCAGUCGCCUCCAGCAGCAGCAGCAGCAAAGUCUACUCAACCAUCUUCUCCCGAAGAUCAUCUGGUCAGUGCCGAGUAUAUUCCAGGUCAGCCUUGUCGGACCUCCAACCGAGCUUAUGCACAUCACCACACCAACCACCACAAAGGUCCUGGGGUGUCCAAAUCCAACCGAUGUGCAUAUUCUCCAGAAAGACUCUAUCAUCAGGAGCAGCAACCCACGGCUUUUCAUAUCCAACCCCCAAGGUACAGAGGAGGCCCAAAGAAAUGUCGAUCAAAUGAAGACAGAGGUGGUGCCAGCAGAAAGCCAGGGAAGAAGGCGUGCAGGUCUCAGUCAGAGAAUAGCUUACAAAGGUUUCCAGAGCGCAAGUCUAAUACAGUCGAGAAGGAUGGUAGUGGAAGUGGGAACGCUGGAAGGGGGAGCCGCGGUAAUCAACCCAGAAGCAAAAAGCAGCAACAAAGUAGCGGUAGCUACAGGCGCUCCCUGUCCACUUUGGAGCUCAGCCAAGAUGAAGCUGAUCAGCCACCUGUGACAAUACCUGUGCAAAGCAACCAAAACUGCUGUCUUAGGCGCACACGUAAACCCCGUCCUACACACGCAUCAUAUGCUUACCCCACAACCUCGCACCAUUUCCACCAUCAUCAGCACAUGGAGUUUCAGUUGGAAAGGGACCAAACGCAACUGUGUCAGGCCACCGAUGAUUAUUCUCACGCAGGUCAGGUAGAGUCUGAGUCGAGCAUGAGUGAGGCUGACUCUCCAGAUUCCAGCUCAUUGUCCAGUGAUUCAGAUGAAAGUGGUGGUCUGGUUUGGCCACAGCAAUUACCCCCAAGACUUUCCCUCCCAUCAACACUUGCUCCAUCUGGAGCACCUCUGCAGCCUAAGGCUUUUGUCAAGAUAAAGGCCUCACAUGCACUUAAAAAGAAGAUCUUGCGCUUCCGUACUGGUUCACUGAAAGUAAUGACCACUGUAUGAAGUGAAACGAAUGCCAAAGUGAAGUAACAUGAGAUGCAUCCUUGAGUUUAUGUACAGUGAUGACAUAUUACAUGGAAAUGCUAAUGAACUGAUUUUGGACAUGAAUGGGUUUUAGUCUCAACAAGCAAUGAAGGAAAUGGCUGUCACUCUAUGCAUCUCCAAUCUCUUUCAAAAGUAAGAUGUAGAAAUGACAUUUUCCAUGAUAGUAGAAGUCUUAAAUAGAUGACUCACGCUAAAAAAGUCCUUGUCUUUGUUCAGAUCAGUCCUGAAACACUGUCACGCAUGCACAUGUAUAUCAUAUUCCAAACCAUGUAUAUCUUCAUUUGAAUUACCCUGACACAAAUGAAAACGAUAAGGGGCCUAAUGUUAGACCAAGAUUUUUGUUUGGGACUUGGUUGUAUAAAUCACAACACUACAGACUGUGUGUCUGUGAAAUUCACUUCACAACACUACUCAUCUUAAGGCACAACAUACCAACAAGGUUUCACUAGAAACCAAGUUUCAAAGGUUUUGGUGAGCUUGCUGUCUGAAUGUGCCUACUUUUACUCACCCAAAAUGGUGCUAUGUGUAAAUCAAAAGCACGUAUGAGCAGAGCUUAAGUACAUUAAUAUUAAUUUGUUUUAUUUAAUAUAUUUGCAUUGUUUAGUAUGUCGUAUGAAAGUAAGUCAUUCAUUUAUAGGUAUGUAGAUGAGCACAGGCUAGUAGAACGACUGCAGCAUUUAAAUAAAGUCAUUGCCAAUCGUAUUUAAAUGUAUUUGGCAAAUAACUUGACCCCAGUUCAGUCACAGAGAGAUGGCAGACUGAUAGUAGACCAGUGACUCUGUCUUUAUUGCCUGUUUAUCAUUUUACACAUUUACAAUAAUUUUUAACAUUAAGUUUUGUUGCUAUCUUCAACCACUGUGUGACUCUGAUGUCUCUGAUAUCUAAGGCUUAAUAUUCUCUUUCAAGUGUGUAAUGUCAACUUUACAAAAUUAAGGAUGCAAUAAGUUGGACAAGGGAUUUAAAAAUAGCAGAUUAUUUGAAAUCAAUCACCAUAAAAAUGAAAUAAUAAAUGCUUCUAUUGUGACAAUGACUCAGCACACACACAGGCAGCUUUGCAGGGUGAGUGUCCAUUUAUUCACAAUGUUUACAACACCACAGCACUGAACACACUCAUGUCUCCAGUCCCAGCAGGCUACUCAAAUGGGGUGAUUGCUCAGACAAUCAGUCCCAGCUGCCCUGGAAAACUGAGCUUUCUGGUAACGUUAAAUCAAACCAUGCUCUUUUCCCAAACUUAGCCAAAUAUCUUUGGUGCCUAUGAGUAACCAAACAAAGGUCAGCUGCUCUCUUCAAAGCAAUUUUGUGAUCAAGACAGGAAUAAAGUAAAAAAGGUGUGGUUAUUAUUUUAUGUUCUUUGCCUUACCAAACAAAGUGCCUUUAGGUGGCUGCUAUAUAAAUAAAAUUGAAUUGAACUGA